CCAUUUCUAAAUCAGCAGUGGCCAGGUUUGUGUUUUAUAAAGCUCAGGUGAUAAGAAGUAGUGGCAAAGUGCGACUACGUAGCAAAGUGACUCCACAGAGCAAACUGAAGAGAGUUUCUAGUAAAUUUCAGAUUUGGAAGCAAGAAUGUCCCACACAGUCUUACCCAUGAAUUCUUCAACACUCAUCAUCCAGAUUCAACCACCAACACAAACAACACCAGCUGGGACUGAGACAAAUGCUCCUGCACCUGUUUAUGUCCAACAGAUUGCAGGAUUUUCUCCUCUUCAUGGACUUCAAGCAUUUCUGAAGGGCCAACCAAAAGUCCUUGGGACUGUCCAGAUAAUAAUUGGUCUGUUGACUUUCAUGCUUGGGAUUGUGUCUACAGUUCAUGCGGAUUCCAUUUCUGUCUUUAGUGGUAUUCCUUACUGGGGAUCGAUCAUCUACAUUAUUGCAGGUUCACUCUGCAUUGCUGCCGAAAACAAACAUAAUUCACCCUUCAGUAUCUGUUUGGUGAAAGGUUCACUUGGAAUGAACAUUUUCAGUGCUAUAACUGCAGGCAUUGCAAUUGUUAUAAUUUCAUUUGAUUUGGCUAUUGGACCGUUGUUCUACAAUAACUGCAAUGAAUAUGAG